UGGCAUUUGGCUGCUGUAGUUCAAACAAUAAGCAGGUUGCUGUCGAAUAAGAAAGUACAUUCAUAAGAGCAAUAUAAAAAUACAUUCAGUCAAACAUAAACACAACUAUUACACAUCACAUCUAUUACAAAUAUUACAGCACUGGAAGUAAUAGCAACUGCGCAAUUUGCACAUUGAAACACAUUGAAAGUGAUACGUGAAAUUUGUUAAUCAAUUGUACAAUGCCAAAAGUAUAAUUGUCUGCAUGGGAAAUCAUUUGAGUGCCAGUAGAAUUGUAAGGAUUAACCGAGGCCGAAUUGCUUUCUUCGAUAGAACCAUCGAUUGUCAGGCGAAUAAAGUGGAGCCAGAGAUGGCUACGGCACUGGCAGCCAGUAAUUCCGCAGAGACAUCUGAUGAAGAAGGAGAGACUACAAUGAUGCACAUUGAGCAGUUGCCAAAUGAUCUGUGGAUAGAGAUUAUGUCGUAUUUAACGUAUUUGGAUCUGCAGCAGCUGCGACUGGUUUCUUGGCGUUGUCGUGAAUUAGUUAAUCGGCGUUAUUUCGCGACACGCGGCAGGGUGAUUGUGACAAAGGAGAAUCUGAAGGAUAUGAAGCAGCACGUGGAGAGCCACGCAUCGUAUAUCAACUUUGAGGACGUCGAGUUUCGCAACUUGUCACAGAGUCUGGAAUUGGAGCAGUUUCUGCGACUGGUGGGCAAGGAGGUCAAAUGCCUGCUGGUUCGUCACUCGCCCGUCUUCCGGAGCAUCCAUGGCAAGCUGCCCAAUUUGAAAAUGUUGAAAAUAGCCACGACUAGCUUUCUGGAUGAUGACAACAUGACCGUCGAUGGGAUCAAUAUGAAGCAGUUCCAUCAACUGGAUGGCUUCGAAUGUGACGGUGUCAGUCUAGACUCAAAUCUGAAGCUACUGAUGCUAUUGCAGUUGCGUCGCGUGGAGACCAAGGUUCGAUUGCGUCACCUGCUAUUUGAGUAUCGGCGCAACAAUGAGAUGGUCCUGCUGCAGGUGCUCUAUGACCACGCGCACACUCUGGAAAGCGUCGAUAUCUUCUUUAGCUGUUCGCCGGGUAUUGAAACAGAAAACUGGCGUCUGACCUUUGAGCGGAUGUACAGGUUGCGCACCUUAAAGCUCUCUGGCAACUGUCAUCUAAUGCUACUUCAAGUGAUUCUGGAUUCGAUACCAAAGACGGCUCAACUCAAGCAUCUUGAUCUCACCGGCAUGCUAUCGCUGACAAAUGAACUGCUUAUCCGAGUGGCUCGUAAGUGGCGUAAAACGCUGAGUUACGUGGAUCUCAUGUUCUGCGUCCAACUGGAUGUGCGCUGCGUGAAGGCGUUGCGUAAGAUGAGCGGUUGCCUGGAGUCGCUAACCAUGUCCUAUUGUCGUGCGAUGACUGGCAGAGGGUUGGUGGAGGGGCUUACCACCAACAUGAACAAUACACUGCAGGAGCUGUUUCUGGAGGAUGUCUGCUUCAUUGAUGAGAAUUCCAUGUGCGCUCUGCUGGAGCGAUUGCCGAAUUUGAGGAAGCUCAGCUUGGAUAACUGCCAAAAAGCAACCACCGAUCGCACUCUGGCCACAAUAUUCCAACACCAGAAGCUGCUGCGUGUGCUCAGGAUUGAUUACUGCAUCAAGAUCACGGAUAACGGCUUUAUCGGCUUUGGCAAGCAUCCGUACGCCAUCAGUCGCUUGCGAGGAUUGCGGGAACUAAAUGUCCGAGGAUGUCGCAAUCUUACCCACCGCCUGCUUAAGCGAGCUCUACGUCUGCCCGAGCUGCUUAGCCUGACACUGGACUACUGUAAUCGCUUGGAUACGAAAGGCAUCGCUGCACUUACCAUGAACUGUCCAGCGUUGGAGAUGCUGUCCGUGGCCAGUUGCUCAUUGCUGGAUGAUGUGGCUGUUCAGUUUGUUGUGCUCAAUCUGAGUCGUUUGCGCAGUCUCAAUAUUAGCAACUGUUCGUUGAUAACGUUGCAAUCGUUCAGUCAUAUUGCCAGAUAUGCGGACAAUCUGAGGGAGUUGGUGGCAUGUAGCAUUGAUGGGCUGGAUCAUGAGGCUGCUCAGAGUAUUCUGGAUCUGCAUCUGCCAGAAUUGAAGAAAGUGAUGCUAUAGCAGGAGAGGCUCGUUCACUGACUGGAUGAUAACAAUCCUCACGCCGGUUGGGGAACCGAUGAUGAGGAUGAUGCCGAGAUAAUUGAUAUUGAUGUAUAAAUAUGCAAUAUGAUUUAAUUAUCUCAAUGUCGCAUAUUUAAAUAUUCUAUUGUGCAAUAUUUUUAAGCAGUCUCACAACACAUUUUGUUUAGUAUGCUCGGCAUUUCCAAAUGUUUCUCUCUGUUACAAAUUAUAUUUACGUUAUAACCAUCAAAAUGUGAGACAAAUUGAGGUGAAAUUAUUGAGUUAUCUUAAAACUUAUUUAUGAUUUUUAUAGCAUUACAUUUAAAAUUAAGCUUACUAAGAUUCCAAUACUACUUGCAUAAUUCUUAAGGUUCUUGAGUCAGCAGUAAAGAAUGCCAAAAAAGUCGUAAUACUAACAUACCUCUAUAUACAUGAAACUAAACAUUUCAAACAACUUAUAACGAACCCAUAAUAUAUUUUAUAUAAAAUACCAGACGAUUAUGUUUCUAAUUUAUGUAGUGUGAUAAAAAAGAGUUAUAGAUAAAUGUUUUAUGUUUAUAUAAU